AUGGCUACCCAAAUUCAACAGGACUCUCCGCUCUCUGCCGCCAUAGCCAAUGUCAUCAAGCCCAAGCUAGUGGAGAUGGGUUGGAGCACCGACGAUGGCCAGGAAUCUGCGCUGAUUGAAUACAUCGUUCUCAUGUUGAUCAACGGCAAGACCCAAGAGCAACUUGCGUCUGAGCUCUCCAAUGACUUCUUGGGACUUGAGGAGGGCGACACCCAGGCGCUGGAGUUUUCUCACUGGCUAUUCGGUGAAGUCGAAGUUCUCACCCAGCAAUUCAAUGGUGCUCCAAGUGAAGCCGUGGCAACUCAACAACCCGGGAAUGGCAAUACUUCUGCAGGAAAUGGCGUGGAUGCAGAGAUGGGAGAUGCCAGUGACACCAUCCCGACAGGACCAAGAGCCAUGCGAGGAAAUGGGCGAGGCCGAGGCGGCAUGCUCAACCAAAUCAACCGGACCUUAGAGCGCAGCAACGAUUCUUCACUGCACCGAGUCCGCGGAAAUGGUCGUGUUGGUGGACGUGGACAGAAUCAAAUGAAAGGUGGAAGACAAAACAAUAACCGCGCGCGAAAUAUGGGCAACAACAUGGGAAUGCAAGGCAACAUGGGUAUGAACAUGAGUCCAGAGAAUCAGAUGCAGCUUUUCUCGAUGUUGGAAGAGCAAGCUCGCAUGAUGGCCCAGUUCAUGCCGGCUGGCUUCACGCCACCUGCCAUCAACCCGGCAUUCCAGAAUGGCCCUCAGCAAGGGCGCUCCCUCUUCGACCGAGUUGAGCGUCAAGGUCAACGCGGAGGCGCCAAAUUCAACAAGCGAGGCCAAGGCCAACACCAUCAAAAUACUGAUACCGACAUGGAUAUGGAUACGGACGAGGCCAACCCCAACAAUACCUGCAAAUUUAAUCUGCGUUGCACUCGAAAAGACUGUGCUUUCGCCCACCAGUCUCCUGCUGCCCCCGAGGGAACCUCGAUUGAUGUCACUGACGUCUGUUCAUUUGGAGCUGCGUGCAAGAACAGGAAAUGCACUGGUCGUCAUCCCUCACCAGCGGUCCGAUCCGCGCAUCAAGCCGAGGAAAUGUGCCGCUUCUUUCCCCAUUGCACCAAUCCCCACUGCCACUUCAAGCACCCUAGCAUGCCGCUGUGCCGCAAUGGUGCCGAUUGCAAGACCGAGGGAUGCCAGUUCACCCACCUUCAAACCCCCUGCAAAUUCAACCCUUGCAUGAAUCCAAGCUGUCCAUACAAGCACGCCGAGGGCCAGCGUGGUCAAAUUCCCGAUAAGGUGUGGAAAGCCACCCAUGUCAGUGAGCGCAAGUUUGUCGACGAGGAGGAUGGUCCGGAGGAACUUAUUAAGCCUGAGGCAACCGACGCGUCUCAAAACCAAGAGCUCACAGCCUGA